CGCGCGCGCGCGCCCUGUCACCGCGGACCGUUCGGCCGCUCGCGCAGUCGCAAGCGCGUGCCUCUCCCUCCUCUCCGUUGCGCGCACUCCUCAUCCACUACUCAAGCACAUAACGGUCAGAGCGCGAGAGCUUCAACACCACCCUCUACCGGGCAGAGGGAAAGACAGACAGACAGGAGAGAGAGAGAGAGAGAGAGAGAGAGAGAGUCUUUCUCCACGCUCCUCCUGGAAGAGAAGAGACCUGAGAGUCAGAGCGAGUCCAGGAGAAGGAGACUGAGAAAGGCGGAAAACGGUCCGAGGACUGAGGCGACUCCAACAGAAAACGGACGUUUGACCACAGUUUGGCGUUGUUACCUCACGGCCGCGGGGGUGGACACACGCCGAAAGCUGAGGACAUGGAUAAAGUUUUAACUUGGCUUGUCACCGCGGUCGGGCUCCUGGUGUCGGCACGCGGACAGGUGUACAGAGGCGAUUGCAGCUUCGAGAAGCCGUUCGGGGCGUGCGGCUACAGCCAGGGACGAGAUGACGACCUUGAGUGGGAACAGGCCAACACCAAAGAAAAGCCUUCCACAAACCAAUGGAUGCCUCCUGGUUCUGCCUUCAUGAUGGUGAACACAUCAGGCCGUUUCGCCGGACAGAGAGCCCAGCUGUUGAGCCCUCAGCUUAAAGAGAACGACACACACUGCGUCACCUUUCAGUACCUGGUGUCCGGCAGGGAGGGGGGAAGCCCGGGGCACCUCAAUAUCUACAUCAAAGAGAACAACAGCCCCACUGGUCUGCCCGUGUGGAACACUUCAGGCCCCGUCAGCAGGAGCUGGACCCAAGUGGAACUCGCUAUCAGCACCUACUGGCCCAAUUUCUACCAGAUCAUUUUUGAAGCUGUGACCUCAGGCCAGCGUGGUCUGAUGGCCAUCAAGGAUGUCGUCGUCCAGGGCCAUCAGUGCAUGACGACGCCACACUUCCUCCAUAUCAAAGGAGUGGAGGUGAACGCGGGGCAGACAGCUACCUUUCACUGCACCGUCAACGGAGAGUGGAGAGACAACUUUCACCUGUGGCUUCAGGGUAUCGGUGGACGAGAGGCACCUAUGAAGGCCACUAAACCGUGGAAUAACCAGCGGUUCAUUGGGAUGUUCGACGUGGUGAACACCACAAAACAGGACUCGGGCCGCUACCGCUGCAUAGUCCAUUCCACCAGAGGAGUAGGAGUGUCCAACUACGGAGAACUGACAAUUAAACAACCCCCAGUGCCCAUCGCACCUCCCCAGCUGACAGCAGUGGGCGCCACCUACCUGUGGAUCCAGCUCAACGCCAACUCCAUCAACGGAGACGGACCGAUCAUCGGCCGUGAAGUAGAGUACCGUACCGUCUCAGGCACCAUGUACGACCUGCAGCCUGUGGACAAGGCGUCACACAAGAUCGGCCACCUGGCACCUGAUACAGAGUACGAGAUCAGUGUGCUGCUCACACGGCCACUGGACGGAGGCACGGGGGCACCCGGGCCUCCACUCCGGGCUCGUACCAAGUGUGCUGAGCCCAUGCACGGUCCAAGGGAGCUGAAGGUGGUGGACAUCAAGGCCAGACAGGUGACCCUCCGAUGGGAACCAUUCGGCUACAACGUGACGCGUUGCCAUAACUACAGUCUGACAGUAGAGUACAGCGCCCGUGGGACCGGGAAAGAAGAGACCCGGGAGGAGGUGACAUACGACGGCAAGAACUCCGCCCCUCAGCACACCAUCCACAACCUGACGCCCUUCACCAAUCUGAGCGUCAAACUGGUGCUGCGCAAUCGAGAGGGAGUGAAGGAGAGCGUCGAGAUCCACGUCCAGACCGACGAGGACGUGCCGGGCGAGGUUCCUCUGGACUCCAUCCAGGCCAGUGUGUAUGAAGAGAAGAUCAUCCUCAAAUGGAGAGAGCCUGCUCACACCUACGGCGUCAUCACCCAGUAUGAGAUCUCCUAUAAAGCCGUGAGUUCAUUCGACCCGGUGCUGGACCUCUCCAACCAGAGUGGCAAAGUGAUCAAACUGGGAAACGAAACCAGUCACGUGUUCCUGGGUCUCUAUCCGGGUUCGACGUACUCCUUCACCCUGAGAGCCAGCACUGCAAAAGGCUACGGUCCCCCGGCCAUCACUCAAGCCACCACCAAGAUCUCAGCUCCUUCUAUGCCUACAUACGAUCAGGAGACAUCUCUGAACCAGACUGACAGCACCGUUACUGUCCUCCUCAAACCUGCCCAAAGCAGAGGAGCACCAGUAAGUGUAUAUCAGGUGGUGGUGGAGGAAGAGAGGCCAAGACGAACACGUGGCGGUGAGGCCGAGAUCCUGCGCUGUUACCCUAUCCCUGUCCACUACCAGAACGCAACAUCGCUCAACUCUAAGUACUACUUUACAGCAGAGUUCCCCUCUGGGGGCAUCCCAUCCCCUUUACCUUUCACUGUGGGAGACAACAGAACCUACAGCGGCUUCUGGAAUGCACCGCUGCUUCCCCACAAGAGCUACAGUGUCUACUAUCAGGCUGUCAGCACAGCUAACGGGGAGACUAAAAUAGACUGUGUGCGAGUUGCCACCAAAGCCGCUAUUUUAGUGACGCAGCUCACUACUCCCUAUAUCCGCAUUGCUCCAGCUGCAGGCGACAACCAACUAACAGGGUCGGCAACACAUAAACCGAACGCGGUGGAGCCGGAGAAACAGACUGACCACACGGUGAAGAUCGCCGGCGUGAUCGCCGGAAUCCUGCUCUUCGUCAUCAUCUUCCUCGGCGUGGUACUUCUCAUGAAGAAACGAAGAACCUAUCACUCCUACACUUAUUACCUGAAACUGGCGAAGAAGCGUAAGGAGACGCUGAGCAGCACUCGGCAGGAGAUGACGGUGAUGGUGAACUCCAUGGAUAAGAGCUACACGGAGCAGGGAACUAACUGCGAUGAAGCGCUUUCCUUCAUGGACACUCACAACUUGAACAGCCGCUCUGGAUCUUCUCCCUGCUCUUUAACGGUGAAGACAAACACACUGAGCACAACUCUACCCAACUCCUAUUACCCAGACCCCUUUGUGCCCACUGCCAUAUUAGACGAGACGCAGACGGUGGCCAGCGACACCAGCAGCCUGGUGCAGUCUCACACCCACGCUCACUCCACACACUCCAUGCACUCCACACACUCCACGCACACACACUCUCUCCGCAAGCGCGAGACGGCAGAUGUGCCCUAUCAGACGGGUCAGCUCCACCCGGCUAUCCGCGUGGCCGACCUGCUGGAGCACGUCACCCAGAUGAAGUGCGCCGAGGGAUACGGCUUCAAAGAGGAGUACGAGAGCUUCUUUGAGGGACAGUCUGCACCGUGGGACUCUGCCAAGAAAGAUGAGAACCGGAUGAAGAAUCGCUAUGGAAACAUCAUCGCAUAUGAUCACUCCCGCGUGCGUCUGCAGAGCCUGGAGGGCGAGCAGAGCUCCGAUUACAUUAAUGCUAAUUACGUUGAUGGCUACCACAGGCCAAAUCACUACAUCGCUACACAAGGACCCAUGCAGGAGACAGUGAUUGACUUCUGGAGGAUGGUGUGGCAGGAAAACACAGCCACCAUCGUCAUGGUUACUAACCUAGUGGAAGUCGGAAGGGUGAAAUGCUGUAAGUACUGGCCGGAUGACACGGAGAUAUACAGAGAUAUGAAGGUGACGCUGAUAGAGACCCAGCUCUUGUCUGAGUAUGUCAUCCGAACAUUCGCCGUGGAGAAGAGAGGUGCACACGAGAUCCGUGAGAUCCAGCAGUUUCACUUCACAGGCUGGCCAGAUCAUGGAGUGCCAUACCACGCUACAGGACUGCUCGGCUUCAUCCGCAGAGUCAAGGCCAAGUCAGCUGCCAACGCUGGCCCUAUUGUGGUUCACUGCAGCGCGGGUGCGGGCCGGACAGGCUGUUUCAUCGUGAUCGACAUCAUGUUGGAUAUGGCUGAAAGAGAAGGCGUGGUCGACAUCUAUAACUGCGUCCGAGAGCUGCGAUCUCGCCGGGUCAACAUGGUCCAGACCGAGGAGCAGUAUGUCUUUAUCCAUGAUGCCAUUCUGGAGGCGUGUCUUUGCGGUGACACCACCAUUCCCGCCAAUCAGCUCCGUUCCGUGUAUUACGACAUGAACCGGUUGGAUCCCCAAACCAACACCAGUCCAAUCAAAGAGGAGUUUAGGACACUGAACAUGGUCACCCCCACACUGCGUGUAGAAGACUGCAGCAUCGCAUUACUGCCACGGAACCAUGAGAAGAACCGCUGCAUGGAUGUGCUGCCUCCUGACCGCUGCCUGCCCUUCCUCAUCACCAUCGAUGGAGAAAGCAGCAACUACAUCAAUGCUGCACUCAUGGAUAGUUAUAAGCAGCCUUCUGCAUUUAUCGUUACCCAGCAUCCUUUACCAAACACAGUGAAAGAUUUCUGGAGGCUAGUGCUGGAUUAUCACUGUACAUCCAUUGUAAUGCUCAAUGACGUGGAUCCUGCACAGCUGUGUCCUCAGUACUGGCCAGAGAAUGGGGUACACAGACAUGGUCCGUUGCAGGUGGAAUUUGUGUCAGCUGAUCUUGAAGAAGAUAUCAUCAGCAGAAUAUUCCGCAUUUACAAUGCAGCUCGGCCUCAAGAUGGCUAUCGUAUGGUGCAGCAGUUCCAGUUCUUGGGCUGGCCCAUGUACCGAGACACACCCAUGUCCAAACGCUCCUUCCUCAAACUCAUUCACCAGGUGGACAAAUGGCAAGAAGAAUAUGAUGGAGGAGAGGGACGCACUGUGGUGCACUGCCUAAAUGGAGGCGGACGCAGCGGAACAUUCUGUGCCAUCAGUAUUGUGAGUGAGAUGUUGCGACACCAGCGCUCGGUUGACGUGUUCCAUGCUGUCAAAACUCUGCGGAACAACAAACCCAACAUGGUGGAUUUACUGGAUCAGUACAAGUUCUGCUACGAAGUGGCUUUGGAGUAUCUAAACUCAGGCUAGCUGUGCUAGCACGGACAUGCAUUUUUUUUUGAAACAGUGUGUGUACAGCACUAGCAGUGCAGUGCAUGUGCGUGUGUGUGUGCGUGUGUGUCUGUGUGUGAGUAUGUGUGCGGUCAGCUUGUAUAUUUCCACAAAUGUUCAUUUAUCUGACCAGGCUUUUUUUUUUUUUUUCUUU